UCAUGACUGUGGGUAAGAGUAGCAAGAUGCUGCAGCAUAUUGACUAUAGAACGAGAUGUUUCCUGAAAGAUGGAAGAAUCUUCAUUGGCAUCUUUAAGGAUUUUGACAAGCAUAGGAAUUUGAUCCUCUGUGAUUGUGAUGAGUUCAGGAAGAUCAAGUCAAAGAAUGCGAAACAGCCAGAAUAUGAAGAAAAACGAGUUUUGGGUCUGGCCUUGCUACGUGGAGAGAACUUGGUUUUCGUGACAGUGGAGGGUCCAUCUCCUAAAGAUACUGGCAUUACUCGUGUGCCACUUGCUGGUGCUGCAGGUGACCAUGGGGUUGGAAGAGCACCACGCAGACGAGCACCAGCAAGUGUACCUAUUCCCCAAGCUCCUGCUGGAUUAUCAGGCCCUGUCCGAGGAGUUGGAGGAUCCCAGCAGGUCAUGAACCUACAGGGAAAAGGCACUGUUGCAGCUGCUGCUGUUGCUGCUACUGCUAGCAUUGCAAGAGCCCCAACCCAGUACCCGCCAGGACAGGGAACUCCACCUCCACCUGUAGGCAGAGCAACCCCACCUCCAGGCAUUAUGGCUCCUCCACCUGGUAUGAGACCACUCCUGGGCCCACCAAUUGGCCUUCCCUCUGCUUGA